AUGAAUCUUAGAUUGUUCGAUUCAAUAUCCAAUAUAGUACCUUGGUGUCGAAAUAAUAAUCUGUCAACAAAAUUACCGAAAAUAAAUUCUAACAUUCUACUAAUAAGUCCUCAAAAAAAAUCUAUUGAACAAAUAAAUUGUGUACGUGAACCGAUUAUAUCCGUACAAGAACAACGACGAACUAGAGAAAAAAUUUCAUCUAGUAUCAAAUGUAAAUCAAAAUAUACAGAUAAAUGUUAUGCAGAAUAUAAUAUAAUUGGUCUUCGACAAGGAUUCGGUCUAUUAAAAGAUAUUCGACAUGAAAAACUAGAAUCCGGUAAACCAUCACUAGUUAUUCAUUCAGCAACACUUGAAAAAAAUGUAACUGAUACUUCAAUAUCUACAAAUUAUGCACUCAAAGAACUUGAAAAUAUAGAAUUAAGAAAACGUUUUGCUAUUGUUCAUACAGAAAAAUAUAUUUAUAUCGCAAUUGGUUUUGGAUUAUGUAUUGAUGAACAAUGUAUUUAUGCAGUUGGUGGAAAUGAUCUUGAUAAUAGACCAUUAAGUGAUUGUUAUUGUUUAAAAAUAAAAAAUUCUAAUGAAACAUGGAUAAAAUUACCUAGUCUUCCAGCGCCUACAACUGGGCCAGGUGUUGGUGCACACAAUGGUGUAUUACAUUGCAUUGGAGGAUAUGAUGUUCUUGGUAAUCGAUCAAUUAUUCAUGGUGAACAUCUUAUACUUCAUUAUCCACAAGAUAAACAAUGGCAAUAUGCACCUGAAUUAAAUAUUGUUCGUGUUCGACCAUUAGUAUUUGUUGAUCCAAAUGAUACAAUUCAUGGACAUAAUGUUUAUGUUGCUGGUGGUUUUAAUAUUAAUCCACAUACUCAUAAACCAUAUAUUGUAGCUGAUCUACAAUUAUUUAAUCAAAUAACACAAUCUUGGCAGCAAUUAACAACUAUUCCAAAUUUAGAAUCAUCACACGAAUUAUCAUUUGAUGAUGAUAAAUUAUAUGUUAAUGAAAUAAUUGAAUUACCUGAUCAAAUGCCAAUAAUAAAUAAUUUAUGUAGUUUUGAUCUUCGAAAACUUAGUUGGAUGAAUACAACAAAUGAUAUUGAUGAUAAUAGAAAAAUUAAUGCACAAAAUUCUAUGAAAAAAACUUCAUCAACGUCACCAUUUUUUCUUUCACCAGAUAAAAAUAAAAACAAAGAAAUUAAAACUAAACAAAAUGAGAAGAUCAACAGAUCAGAUUCACUUCCAAAAACAACAAUAUCAACAUUAAAAUUACCAAACUCAAAAAAUACAACAAACUAA